AUGGCAGAAACCGCCCCAGCUGCUGCUGCCCCGCUGGCCAAAGCACCCAAGAAGAAGUCUGCAGCUAAAGCCAAGAAAGCAGGUCCAGGCGUCGGUGAUCUGAUCGUUAAAGCCGUGUCUGCGUCCAAGGAGAGGAGCGGCGUGUCUCUCGCAGCCCUGAAGAAAGCUCUCGCUGCCGGCGGCUACGACGUGGAGAAGAAGAACUCCCGCAUCAAGCUCGCCAUCAAGAGCCUGGUGACUAAAGGCACCCUGCUGCAGGUCAAAGGGACCGGCGCCUCCGGCUCCUUCAAGAUCAGCAAGAAACCAGCCGAGACCAAGAAGAAAGCUGCUUCUAAAGCCAAGAAGCCCGCGGCCAAGAAAGCGAAGAAAGCGGCUCCUAAAGCGAGGAAGCCCGCGGCUAAGAAACCUGCUGCUACCAAGAAGCCCAAGAGCGCAGCGGCAAAGAAGCCCGCCGCUAAGAAAUCGCCCAAGAAGGCCAAGAAACCCGCAGCCGCCGCUAAGAAAACGACGAAGAGCCCCAAGAAAGCAACGAAGCCCGCGGCGCCCAAGAAAGCAGCCAAGAGCCCCAAAAAGGCAGCCAAGAGCCCCAAAAAGGCCAAGACUGCCAAACCCAAGGCAGCAAAGCCUAAAGCUGCCAAGCCUAAAAGGGCAGCUCCCAAGAAGAAGUAAAA